AUGAAGAUCCUCUUAUGUCUAUCUCUGAUUGCAACCGUUGCCCUCGCAAUAGUUGAAUCCGUGACGUCGUUAGACCAGUUUUAUGGAGUUGUCAACAAUUUCAAUGCUACCAACCCUACGUACACAGUGGUUAAAUAUUAUACCAAUUGGUGCUCACAUUGUAAGAAACUAAAGCCGGUGUUCGAACAGUUGAGUGAAAGCUCCGUUUUGUCGGAAGUUGAUAUUGUUGAUCCUGCCUUAACAUCAGGUAUUAAUUUUGCCUUCUUUGAGGUUGAUUGUGAAUUAUUUGGUAACAUGCUAUGUAAACGCUUGGACGGAUUUCCAGCGGUAGAAAUUAUCAAACCAUUGAGAUCCGAACUAAAUGUGACGCGUCUGGAAGACCCUAGAGGCUGGAUUGAUCGUUUACUUGAUACAAUUACCAACGCGGGUUAUGAUCUGACGUGGACUUUGGAUACCGACAGGAUUGUAACGUUCAAUGGUAGAAGGAAUUUGGAUGUAUUUGAAAGGUUUGUGCAAGCAGUGGUAACUUCAGACCAGUGGGAUCGUGUAUUACAACUGAUUGUGAAUGAUAACUGCUCGGAUAAAGACGAAUUAUGCGAAGAUGGCAGAGAAUAUUUCCUUAAGAUGAACGAUGAAACAAAUUGCGCUGAGAAGAUAGCCGAUAUUGAAAAUGAGAUGAAGGAUCUCAAAGAUGUUCCAAAGGAUUUAAUGCUGAGAUAUAUGAUCUUGAACAAAAUAUCUGAACUUAAUAAUGAAGAGCCAUUAGAGCAAGAUGAGUUAUAG